AUGAAUAGAAUUGCAAUUGGGCAGCUGUGCUCUUCCUCCAAUAUGUGGGAGAACCUCGCAGUGAUAAAACGGUUGAUCUCGAGGGCCCUGAAGCAGGACGUCAAAGUGAUCUUUUUCCCCGAAGCGACGGACUACCUGGGUCAGAACGCGGAGCACUCAUCUGUGUUGUCUAGGGAGACCCCCAAAUUUGUCUCUAAGUUACAGGAGAGCAUUAGGUCGCUGACCCAUGAGACAGGCAAGAAGAUCGAUGUCUCCAUCGGUGUGCAUUUACCCCCGACAAGAUCUGUUGACGCUGUACAGGAUAGUCGUGUUAAAAACGUUCUACUGUACAUCGACUCUGACGGACAGAUCGUUCAGAAGUAUCAGAAACUACACCUCUUCGACGUGGAUGUACCUAGGGGUCCCAUUCUGAAGGAGUCUCUUUCCGUCCAACCUGGGGACCGUAUCCCGCCCAUUAUCGACACCCCCGUUGGCUGUUUGGGAUCAGCUAUAUGUUAUGACAUUCGUUUCUCAGAGCUGUCACUGAAGUUACGAUCGAUGGGAGCCGAAUUGCUGUGUUUCCCUAGUGCAUUCACUAUGAAGACAGGCGAUGCACAUUGGGAGAUACUGGCAAGGGCCCGGGCCAUUGACACGCAGUGUUUCGUUGUGAUGCCCGCGCAAUGUGGCAAGCACGAACUUAGAGUUGAUGACUGGAGCAGGGACCACGCCUCGCUGAACACCCCUGAGAGAGAAUCAUGGGGCCAUUCUUUGAUUGUUGACCCUUGGGGGGACGUGAUUGCCCAGGCGGAUAUUGACGGCCCCAACGAACAACUAAUAGUCGCCGAUAUAGAUAUAGCGAAGCUUCAAGAGGUGCGUGAGAGGAUGCCCCUUUGGGAACAGCGCCGCCGUGAUUUGUUCCCCUCGGUUUAG